CAGAAAAUGACACAUGGAACUUGAACUAAACCUGCAAAAACAUGAGAACACAAAGCCUACGAACAACUCCCUAAACAAGAAUAACUGAAACAUAGAUUCAUAAUCAUCAUAAGAAAAGAAUCCAAAACGCACCAAAACAUGACAACUCAAAAUACUGGGUCAAACUGACCCAGAACCGUGACAUAUCUGUUAUCAAACUUACUCCAACAAGCUCCAAAUCCAAAACUUGUUUGGUAGAAAGUUUCACACACGUUAGUUGUCUUUGUAUCAACUAAUGAAGGUUUUUGAAUGCAGAGAAUGAAUAAAAAAUGUGACUUGGAAGUUUUGGCGUUUCCCCUCUUUCAGGUAAACUGAAGCCUGUGUCUGUUUCCUCCUUUCAGAGACUCUUGUUGGAGAAACUGAGGAUUGUGGGAGUUGUUGUGCAGGUUUUUCUUCUUCUUUUGUCUGCCAGCAGCACGAUGUUUGGCACUGUGCUGCUCUGCUGUUGGUCCUUCGGACUGCUGCCACUUGCCUCCUCGCUGGUUCAUGGAAACUUACCGCUCGAUGAAGGUCCUGUCGCUGGACGUCGCACUGAAACCUUCCUAUCUGAAAUCGAAAGAAGCCAAGUACCUGACCGUAUGCACGAGCCUGCCCUCCUCCCUGUGGACUCUGUAGAAGAUCAUUUUUUGAUGGACACAGGCUCCUACGAUGAGGACACGUCUGCAGCCUUACAGCUGCAGGGUCGGGCCAUGCGUUCACCUCGUCGCUGCAUCCCUCACCAGCAGUCCUGUUUGGGCUACCCACUUCCCUGUUGUGAUCCCUGUGACACCUGCUACUGCCGCUUCUUCAACGCCAUCUGCUACUGCCGCCGAGUUGGCCACGUGUGCCCCCCAAGACGCACCUGAUAACAAACUGCUGUUAUGAGGAGCGAAGGCAGAAACUCAUACAGCAAAUAUGAUCUGUGAUCUUUUUGUUUUGUGUUGGAUUAAAUGUGCUGUAAUAAAUAACUGAUGAGGACA